AUGCCAACUAUUCCCUGUGAUAAGGCUGAUCUUUACGAUCUUUUAGGUAAAGAAUACACCACUGAAGAGUUCGACGAAUUAUGUUUCGAUUUCGGCCUUGAGUUGGACGAAGACACCACCGAUGAAUGCGCUGAAGGUGAAAGACCUCAGUUGAAGAUCGAGAUUCCUGCCAACAGAUACGAUAUGUUAUGUAUCGAAGGUAUUGCUCAAGCUCUCAAUGAGUUCUUGGGUAGAGCUGAAGCCCCAAAGUACGUUUUGGAGCCAUCUAAGCCUGAGAUCACCAUGACCAUUGAGGAAUCCACCCAGCAGAUUAGACCUUACGCUGCUGCUGCUGUGUUGAGAGAUGUGGAGUUUGACGAGAGGAAAUACGCUUCCUUCAUUGCUUUGCAGGACAAAUUGCACACCAACUUGUGCCGUAACAGAACCUUGGUCGCUAUCGGUACCCAUGACUUGGAUACCUUGACUCCUCCAUUCGUGUACCAGGCUCUCCCACCAAAGGACAUCAAGUUCGCUCCAUUGAACCAGGAGAAGGUUAUGGACGGUGCUGAGUUGAUGGACUUUUACGAGAAGGACAAGAACUUGGGUAAGUACUUGCACAUCAUCAAAGACUCCCCAGUGUACCCAGUCAUCUACGACUCUAAGAAAACUGUGUGCUCUUUGCCACCAAUUAUCAACUCCAACCACUCCAAGAUUUCUCUCAAUACGAAGAAUGUGUUCAUUGAAGUCACCGGUACCGAUAAGACCAAGACUGAUAUCGUCAUUGAGCAGAUGGUCGCCAUGUUCUCUACUCACUGCAAGAAGCCAUUCGUGAUUGAACCAGUCCAGAUCAACUCUCCUCACAACAAGCAAGACAGAGUGAGCCCUAACGUCACUCCAAGAAAGUUCCAGGCCGAGGUUCCAUACAUCAACUCGUGCUUGGGCUUGAAGUACAGCGCUGACGAGAUCGCCAAAUUGUUGAAGAAGAUGUCCUUGCAAGCUAAGCCAUCCAGCGAGGAGAAUAUUCUCGAUGUCGAGAUUCCAAUCACCAGAACGGAUAUCUUGCACCAGUGUGAUAUCAUGGAAGAUGCUGCCAUCGGAUACGGUUUCAACAACUUGAAGAAGACGAAACCUCAAAGUGAUUCUUUGGUCGCUGCUCCAUUGCCAAUCAACAAGGUUGCUGACAUUCUUAGACUCGCCUCUUCUCAGUCGGGCUACUUGGAGGUGUUGCCUUUGACCUUGUGUUCUCACGACGAGAACUUCAGAUUCUUAAGACAAAAGGACGAAGGUUCUACUGCUGUCAAGUUGGAGAACCCUAAGACCUUCGAGUACCAAGUUGUCAGAACCACGUUACUACCAGGUAUCCUUAAAACGAUCAAGGAGAACAGAAAACACUCUUUGCCAAUUAAGGUCUUCGAGUGUGGUGACAUUGUGUUGAAGGACGACAAAUUGGAGAGAGGUGCCUUCAACCAGAGAAACUGGAGUGCCAUCUACGCUGGUAAGACUUCUGGUUUCGAAUACGUCCAAGGUUUGUUGGGCAAGAUUAUGCAAACUGUCAGAACCCCAUGGAUAGAAAAGCCUCAGGAGAACAAGGCCAGAGGUUACUGGAUAGAGCAGGAUGACGCCAACCCUACUUUCUUCCCAGGAAGAGGUGCUAAGAUCUUCUUCAGAGUUAGUGAAGGAGCCGAGCCCCAGCAUGUUGGUGCCAUUGGUGUUUUGCACCCAGAGGUGUUGAGCCACUUUGAAAUCCCAUACGCUGCCUCGUCGGUGGAGAUUAAUGCUGAGGUUUUCUUGUAA